AUUUUUGAGAUUCUUCAUCACCGACAAAGUCUCCAUCAACAAAGAAAGCUCUUAACAACACCUCAAUCACUUUAAUUACAGUAUAUCAAAAUGUCUGACGACGAAGGAAAUUAUGAUGGAGGGUGAGUUCUCUUUCCUUCUUCUAAGAACACACGCCAACCCAUCACCCGCAAACCUUUUCUCGAACCUGAACUAACCUGUCGCCCCCAGUUUCUCCCCAACCUACGACCCAGAUGAGCCCGAAGAGCCCGACUAUGAUCCCGAAGAAAUUGAAGACACCAACAACGUUUCCACGGGUGAAGUAGACGAUGUGGCAGUAUCGACUCAAAAUCCCGACCAGCUACUCACCACUGGCGAACGCGGCGUCGUAACAUCGGGCGAUUUACAUGCUGCUAAUCGAGCCAAGAGCAAUAUCGCGCCCAAGGAUAAGAAAAUUCCCAAGGAGCAAAGAACUACUACUCCCUACAUGACCAAAUACGAGCGCGCCAGAAUCUUAGGAACUAGAGCCUUGCAAAUCAGUAUGAAUGCGCCGAUUUUGGUUGAUCAGGAGGGUGAGACGGAUCCUUUGCAGAUUGCCAUUAAGGAGUUGAGGGAUAAGAAAAUUCCAUUGAUUGUGAGACGUUAUAUGCCCGACGGAUGGUAGGUUUUAUUUUGGUGAUUUGUUGUGGGGUUUUACUGAUGUUUUGAUAGGUAUGAAGAUUGGACUUGUGAAGAAUUGCUGCAGUGAGAGGUGAUGGCGGUCAUUUUCUUACAUUUGUGGUAAUACUUAUGGAGAGACGCAUGGAAUGGGCGAUUGGCGUAUGAAAGGCGUUUAACUUAUAAGUAAUGGGGAGGAUUUACUUUGACAAAUACAUAAAAAAUUGGACAUGAAUGGCGGUAGUAUAUGCUUGGAUGCAUUGCCUUAGUGCGAUGCGCCUGCACAGCUUCAAACGAAGCAUAAGAACCCUGAUUUACUCGAGAAUUAAAGUAUACAUUGCUUUAACUGAAGGGUGGGCGUGCUAUUUCUGUUCCUCAAAUUUCUGUAUAAGAAGACUCGCCUCAUGAGGAAUGAACCUCACGAAUUUGUACUUGGAACGAAAAAACCAUGAUGGUAAAACAAUUACAAUCCCCAAAGCUUCCCGAACACAAGACAGAUCAAGUUGGAAACCGGCAUUUCAAUUUGGCAUUUUUGGGACAGUGCUACUAGUAUUAUUUUCCAUCGAGAAAUCUUUCGAAUAGUAAAGAUAU